CAAACCACGACCAAGAUUUGGACGGGAAUACGAAAUCGAUAUCACUCAAUUGCAAGGAGAUUUUGCAGUUGAACCGAACAUGCAUUGCAGCAGGAUGAAUAGAGUGGGAAUAGAACAAACCUGGAGGUAAAAACAGACUGAUGGCAAUAACUGGUGUCAGCGGCAAUUGAUCUCCCUGAAGUGGCGGGGAUGAACCACGGGCGGUGACGAUGGAUAAAAAGGAUGAAAUCAAUCGUUGUCCAUCAAGGGCUGAGAGUAUUGUCGUCAAUAUCAUCGACCAGCGGCUUGGAAUUCCUCCUCCGCAUUCAGAAACCCUACCGUCAUCGGUGAUCGGUACCGACGAGAACUCGAAGAAGAAGAGACCGGAUGUGAACAGAAUUUCGGAGAAAAAGCAAAUGAAGAGGAGCGGUAAUAGAAGGAAGGAAAGCCGGUUGAAGUGGAAGAACCUGAGGAGUUGCCGAGCGACGUCGGCGUUCCCGGAGACCGGAGCACAUGCGGCGAAAAGACGACAGGUGAGCGACUGAGCCUUUGCUUUCGAUUGCUAGUUGGUGUUGGGCUGGAGCCCGCUUGCGUUCAGCCGUGUGGAUUGUUUUGUCCACUCAGUUUGGGCCUCCUUAAGUUUUUCGCUUGUUUGGGUUAGCAGCAUUAAUAUGAUUUGGGGCCAUGUAUAACAUACUACAACUAGCAAUUAGUAAAUUAUCUGGUUAAGGCCGUUCAGAUUUAUCAAUUAUUUCCACAUUGGUCACUCAAAACAAAUUUCUUUCUUAUUAGUCACUCAUUUAAAUUUCAUUUCAUCGUUGAUUAUCGAAAGUUUAUUUUCGAUAACUUCAUCCUACGUGACAUUCAAAUAUUAUUUUAAAAUGAUAACGUGUCAACUAAAAAUAAUAAUAUUUUUAGUUUUCCACCUCUCACCCUUACCACACUCCUUUUUCGUCUCUUUUCAUGACCGUCGAUCACCAUCAACACACUUUCUGAACACACCUGCCCCUAAAAACUCUUUCUGGCAUUCGAUGUCCACAAACUAGGGAUGACAAUGGGUUGGGUUGGGUCGAGUACUAUCAAGCCCAAACUCAAACCCAUGAGUAUAUCCUCCAAAAAAAUCUCGGGGUAAUAUCCAAUUGGUUUGGGAAAUUCAAACUCAACUCAACCCGUUGGAUAUCCGUUGGUUCAUGGAUAUUUAUGGGUUCUCUCGUAAAAAAAUGCACAAUAACAAGUUCUUGUCAAAAUAAAAGUCUAACAUCAAUCUGACAAACAAAUUAUCCACAUAAAAAAUACUAAUUUAGAACAUACAAGCAAACUUGAAAUUAUCCAUACAAAUUGUUCAACAUUAAAGAUAAACAUUCAUAAACAAUAUAGUUAAUUGAAAGUUUAUUCCUCCUUGCGAACUUGAAAAUUGACUGGAAAAAUACAUUUGUAUAGCCUAAAUAUUCGCGUUUGUGUCAAUAAUAGUCAAAUUUGGAGAAAUACGACUAAUAGCCACUUCUGUCCAAUUCUUUAAUAGUGUUAGCGUUAAGUCUGAUUGGACAAACGGAUAUGCUGACGUGGCGAGCUCUUAUUUCCACGUGAAUAAUGAAUAAUAAUAAUAAUAACGAAUCAAAAAUUAAAAAGCCCCCAACCCUUCUUUCUCGAUCUUAUCUUCAUCUUCUUCGAAAUGAUAGAACAACACAUUGUCUGAUCUAGAAUUUUCCCUCUCCUUCUUAUCCAAUCCCAGUCCAAAUGGCCCUAUCACCAUCGCGAAUAGCGACGUUCUCCAUUGAGACUAGAGGGAAGGGGAGAGGAGAACCGUCCAUGUAGGAGAUCGAAGAAGGGGGUUUCUUCUUCGGAUUUCUGGUCUAUGACAACACAACUAUCUUCCCUUCUCUGAGUCAGAGUGUGGUUUGGGUUGGGGGAGAAGGGGAAAUCUGAAUUUGGGGAGUCGGGUCUUGAAUCUAUGGUGAACGAGAACCAGAGGCAGAGUUGAUGCUUGAAUAGAGAGAGGAAGAAGCUAGCUAUCAGAUCUGGUCUCCUCCGCAAUCUCUCUAGCACCAAAUAACUCCAGAUUCUAGGU